AUGGCAUCUGUUUAUGAGUUCCAGAUGGCGAUGACCUGUGAAGGCUGUGCAGGUGCUGCUAAACGUGUUUUGGGAAAACUACCUGAAGUGUCAAAUGUUGAAACCAGUGUGGAACAGCAGAGAGUGUUAGUCACAUCCACCCUUUCUCCGGAUCGUCUCUUAGAGACCCUGCAGAAGACAGGCAAGGAGUGUUCCUACAUCGGUGUUAAGUAG